AAACGAACGAUCAGUUACUGCUGCGGCAGCAGUUUGAGCGGUAUUCUGAGAACUCUCCGUUCAGAAGAAGUGAAAAUACUGGCCAAAAGGCUCGAAGAACUUGGUAUAAGAAUCAUUCACGAAAUAUGGAUAGUCAAGCAUUUCGUAAGCAUGGCACAGAGAUGGUCGAAUAUAUAUGCAAAUAUUUGGACACCCUGAAAGACCGGCGUGUCACACCCAGCGUCGAACCCGGCUAUCUAAGACAUUUAAUACCAUCUGAGGCUCCAUUCGAACCGGAGGAAUGGAAUAAGAUAAUGCAAGAUGUGGAAGAUAAAAUAAUGCCUGGAGUCACGCAUUGGCAGCAUCCACGGUUUCAUGCCUACUUUCCGGCAGGAAAUGCAUUCGAAUCGAUUUUGGGUGAUAUGCUCGGGGAUGGUAUCGGUUGCAUUGGGUUUUCCUGGGCCGCAAGUCCCGCAUGUACGGAGCUGGAAACAAUUGUGUUGGAUUGGCUGGGAAAAGCAAUCGGUUUACCUGACCAUUUUUUAGCUUUAAAAGAGGGCAGCACAGGAGGUGGAGUUAUACAGACUUCCGCCUCUGAGUGCGUAUUGGUCAGCAUGUUGGCCGCGCGCGCUCAGGCGCUCAAACGUCUUAUGGCUCAACAUCCGUUUACCGAGGAAAGUCACUUACUUUCCAAGUUGAUCGCCUAUUGCUCUAAAGAAGCACACAGUUGUGUUGAGAAAGCUGCCAUGAUAAGCUUUGUAAAACUGCGAAUUUUGGAGCCAGAUGAAAAUGCUAGCUUGCGCGGGCGCACCGUGAGUGAGGCAAUGGAGGAGGACGAAUUGCAAGGCUUGGUGCCAUUUUUCGUUUCCACCACCCUUGGAACUACCGGCUCGUGCGCCUUUGAUAACUUGGAGGAAAUUGGCAAGGAAUUGAAAAAGUUUCAGUGUGUUUGGUUGCAUGUGGAUGCUGCCUAUGCCGGCAACUCUUUCAUCUGCCCCGAAUUGAAGCCACUCUUAACGGGUAUCGAAUACGCUGAUUCAUUCAAUACGAAUCCCAAUAAAUGGCUAUUAACAAAUUUCGACUGUUCAACAUUGUGGGUCCGCGAUCGAAUCCGCUUGACAUCAGCACUUGUCGUGGAUCCAUUGUAUCUGAAGCAUUGCUAUGAUGAUGCAGCGAUUGACUACCGUCAUUGGGGAGUUCCGCUCAGUCGACGUUUUCGCUCAUUGAAAUUGUGGUUUGUGUUGCGUUCCUACGGAAUUUCCGGAUUGCAGAACUAUAUACGACGUCACAUCCAAUUGGCCAAACGUUUCGAACAGCAUGUGCUUAAAGAUAAACGCUUCGAGAUUUGUAAUCAAGUUAAGCUUGGAUUGGUUUGUUUCCGAUUGAAAGGUAACGACAAGCUAAAUGAGAAGCUACUCAGCGCCAUUAAUGAAUCAGGUAAACUGCAUAUGGUUCCUGCUAGUGUCAACGAUAAAUACAUUAUACGAUUUUGUGCGGUGGCACAAAAUGCCUGUGAAGAUGACAUCGAUUAUGCCUGGGAAACCAUAGUUGAUUUUGCUAACGAAUUGCUUGAAAAGGAACAACACGAUGAACUAACGGAGAUCAUCAAUCGAAAGAAGGAAGACACAUUGGCUAAGAAACGCUCAUUCUUCGUACGAAUGGUCAGCGAUCCGAAAAUCUAUAACCCGGCUAUCAAUAAGGCAGGUACGCCAAAUAUGUCAUUAGAUGUUACAUCGCCGGUAGUGGGACACUCUUCGAAUCCGAUUAUAAGAACACAAACAUCGAUGGAUCGGAAUUCGUGGAUUUCCUGGCCCUUAGCGUUUCUCUUCAACAGUAACAAUGAUGACGGAGGGCAGAAGAGUAAUGUUUCAUUGCGUUUUCGUCAUUUAGACACAAAUGUACGAGCAAUUUCGUCGAGACGCAAUUCCGGUGCCACAUCUUCGCCAUCACCUGACAAUGAGUUGGGCUUUGUUAAUCUGAAGAAGUCACCAAUAAAGCAAACUACAUCAUCGCCACGAAAAGGCGGCCUCUCACUAACCACAACUAGCAAUCACUCCUAAAAAGAUGUUCGCCUCCAAACGUUGUCUCAAGAGCAGCAAAAGGAAGCUUCCAUUCUGCUUGCGAAAUUGACUAUUUAUUGCAAUGCAAAAUUUAAUUCAUAAAAUCCUUAAAAAUACUUGCUUAUAACAGUUAUAUUAUUAGUGUUAUAGCAUUUAAAUAAAUUGGAUCUUAUUGCAAGUUCAAAAAUACUAUUAUUUAAUGAAAGAAAUAUUGAUCUGUUAUCCCUAGAUGUGUUAUACAAAUAUUGGUCAUAAAAAUAUUUAAUCAAAGCACAGAACAAUGAAUUACUUUACUUUUGCGUUUUUAACCGCUCAGCAUUAAUGCCACUCGGCAUCCCUAAAUAAUGUGGCAACUUUAAGUAAAAUUUUCACUUAAAUUCUCAAAUUAGUACAAAACAAAUGAAAUGCAAAACGAAUUAAUUUUGUACAUAUGUAUAUCAUUUGUACUAACAUUAAACAUCGCGCGACGAGAUAUUUUUCAGAAAAAUUACAAUUGCUCCUAUUCCGCAGCCAGCUUUACAACAAAAAAGUAUUAACAAACACAAAUUACUUCCAAAACAAGUUCAGGACAUUGAUGUUUUCCUGUAUCUCUGCAAUAUUUUCCUAUCUGGCCAUCUUAGGGACAUUUUAUCAAUGUCUGGUUAGCAGCCAUCUGUCAAUUAAAUUCUGAUUAACAAGCAAGUCUCCUUCUAUCGCUAAAGAUUCAUUUCUUACAUUUUAAGUAAUGUACAAAACUUUGAAAAUAUGGAUAUAAUUUAUACAAAUGUAAAAAGGUAGAUGUAUGGAAGGCGAAGUUUUUAACCAUAGAAGCAAAGCACAUGCUUUCGUAUCUAUGAACAAACAUACAUACAUGUCCACGACAAAUCAAAAAUUUGCAGGUGAAAUAGGCAUCAUUUUCUGUUUUUUUUUUUAAG